GGGUCCAACAACCCGAACCGUUUGGACAGACUUUUCUUCCUCACUUUUCCUUUACGAGCGAAAAUCUUCACACUGUCACACACUACACCAGCAAUGGCGGCUGCUGCCACUCACUCUGCGUUAUUUGGCGCUUCUGCGUAUCCAAAUGAUCUAAUUCCCAGAGCUGAAAUUAGCCUUCGCUCCGUCAAAUUCUCUUCAAAUCCGAGGAGAUUUUCGGUUUGUGCUCAAAGCGCCGAUGGCGAUAGCAAGCGCCAAAACGACGCCGUUAUCGCUGUGUCGGAUGCUCCUCUCGCCGGCAGCAGCAAUUCCGCCGCCAGACAAAAGGUGAAACGUCACACAGUUUCUGUGUUUGUUGGUGAUGAAAGUGGAAUGAUAAAUCGGAUUGCUGGAGUGUUUGCUAGGAGAGGGUAUAACAUCGAAUCCCUUGCAGUGGGACUGAACAGGGAUAAGGCUUUGUUCACUAUAGUUGUAUCCGGAACUGAAAAGGUGCUACGGCAGGUUAUGGAGCAGCUUCAGAAGCUCGUCAAUGUAUUGAAGGUUGAAGACAUCUCGCAGGAGCCCCAAGUGGAACGAGAGUUAAUGCUCAUCAAAAUUAAUGCUGAUCCAGAAUACCGAGCAGAGGUGAUGUGGCUAGUGGACAUUUUUAGGGCGAAAAUUGUGGACAUCUCUGAUCAUUCUCUAACCAUCGAGGUUACUGGAGAUCCAGGGAAGAUGGUUGCAGUGCAGAGGAAUUUGAGUAAAUUUGGAAUUAGAGAGAUUGCUAGGACAGGAAAGAUUGCCUUGAGAAGGGAAAAGAUGGGUGAAUCUGCUCCUUUUUGGAGGUUCUCGGCUGCUUCUUAUCCAGAUCUCGAGGCCAAGCCUGCUAGUACUGUUUUGAAGCCUGUAAAGGAGGCUCGCGUUGCAGAAUCAGAUACGUCUGCUGGGGGAGAUGUUUAUCCUGUGGAGUCGGAUGAUGGAAUUUUUGUCAAUCAAGUUCUUGAUGCUCACUGGGGAGUGCUGAACGAGGAUGAUACUAGCGGGCUUCGCUCUCACACUCUUACGAUGGUUGUUAAUGAUGUUCCUGGAGUCCUUAACCUUGUCACGGGGGUUUUUGCUAGAAGAGGAUAUAAUAUACAAAGUUUAGCUGUUGGCCAUUCUGAAUUUGAGGGGCUAUCACGCAUUACCACUGUCGUGCCUGGUACGGAUGAAUCAAUUGCCAAGUUGGUGCAGCAACUUAAUAAGUUGGUCGAUCUUCACGAGGUCCGAGAUCUUACACACUUACCUUUUGCUGAGCGGGAACUGAUGCUGAUCAAAAUUGCUGUAAAUGCUACUGCUCGCAGAAAUGUUCUUGACAUUGCUAGCAUAUUUAGAGCCAAAGCCGUUGAUGUCUCUGAUCACACUAUCACCCUGGAGCUGACUGGUGAUUUGGACAAGAUGGUUGCCUUGCAAAGACUUUUGGAACCAUAUGGCAUUUGUGAGGUCGCUCGAACGGGCAGAGUGGCUCUGGUGCGCGAAUCGGGAGUCGAUUCGAAGUACCUCCGUGGAUACUCGUUUCCGGUGUGAUUCUGGGCUUCCUCAAAUGUUCCACAACGCAGGUUUCAUGGUCGUGUUCUAUCCAUCCUUCACAGAUGUGGAAAUGAAGUUUGAUUUUGUAGUUUAAUAUGUAAUGCCGAAUUUGUCGAGUUUUUCUCUUAAAGAGUCGAACUUGGACUGCGUAUUUUGUAUCUCAUUCACUGUCAGAUUUUGUGAUUGUUUUAUGUUGUAGGAAAGCAUUUUGGUGUUCUCAAUUUUUGAAUAAUAAAUGUGUGAACUUAUACA